CCGCCCUGGAGCUGAGGGAGGGGCGGAGGGAGGGUCCCCAAGGGCGCCCCCCCAACACCCCCGACCUCCCCGGCCGCGGGCUGCUCCGCCCGGUCGGUUGGACCGCGCGUCUGUCAGAGCGUGAGAACGGGACGCCGGCUUCGCCCUCGCCAUGGCGCCCUGGCUGCAGCUGCUGUUGCUUUUGGGGCUGCUCCCGGGCGCCGCUCCGGCCCCCAACGAGCCCCGAGCGGCCGGCGCGCAGGUCUGGGAGCUGGCGUCCCCGGAGCUGCUGGAGCCCGCCCGCUUCGCCCUAGAGAUGUACAACCGCGGCCGGGCUGCCGGGACGCGGGCCGCGCUGAGGGUCGUGCGCGGUCGCGUCCGCCGGGCGGGCCAGGGGUCGCUGUACUCCCUGAAGGCGACCCUGGUGGAGCCGCCCUGCAACGACCCCACGGUGUGCCAGCUCCCUGUGUCCAAGAAAACCCUGCUUUGCAGCUUUGAAGUCCUGAAUGAGCUGGGGAAACACAUGCUGCUGAGGCGGGACUGUGGCCCAGUGGAUACCAAGAUUACAGAUGACAAAAAUGAGACUUUCAGUUCAUUCCUUCCACUGUUGAACAAGGAUCCCCUGCCCCAGGACUUUUCUGUGAAGAUGGCUUCAAUCUUCAAGGACUUUGUCACCACCUAUAACCGGACAUAUGAUACGAAGGAGGGAUGUCCUCUGGAGCCCAUUUCGGUUCUGCCUUCGUACCUGGGAAGUCAUCACCCCGGUUUGGCCCCAUUAUUAUCACUUGCAGCCAGGUGGCGCAUGUCCGUCUUUGCCAGUAACAUGGUGCGAGCGCAGAAGAUCCAGGCCCUGGACCGUGGCACCGCUCGGUAUGGGGUCACCAAGUUCAGUGACCUUACAGAGGAGGAGUUCCGCACCAUCUACCUGAAUCCCCUCCUAAAAGAGGAGCCUGGCAAGAAGAUGCGCCUGGCCCAGUCCAUCCCUUACCUUCCUCCACCUGAGUGGGACUGGAGGAGUAAGGGGGCUGUCACCAAAGUCAAGGACCAGGGCAUGUGCGGCUCCUGCUGGGCCUUCUCAGUCACAGGCAACGUGGAGGGCCAGUGGUUCCUGAAACGGGGGGCCCUGCUCUCCCUCUCUGAGCAGGAGCUCUUGGACUGUGACAAGGUGGACAAGGCCUGCCUGGGCGGCUUGCCCUCCAGCGCCUACUCGGCCAUAAGGACUCUGGGAGGGCUGGAGACAGAGGACGACUACAGCUACCGCGGCCACUUGCAGACCUGCAGCUUCUCUGCAGAGAAGGCCAAGGUCUACAUCAACGACUCAGUGGAGCUGAGCCAGAAUGAGCAAAAGCUGGCGGCCUGGCUGGCCAAGAAGGGCCCCAUCUCUGUCGCCAUCAACGCCUUUGGCAUGCAGUUCUACCGCCACGGGAUCUCCCACCCACUGCGGCCCCUCUGCAGCCCCUGGCUCAUCGACCACGCUGUGCUGCUCGUGGGCUACGGCAACCGCUCUGCCACUCCCUUCUGGGCCAUCAAGAACAGCUGGGGCACUGACUGGGGCGAGGAGGGUUACUACUACUUGCACCGUGGCUCCGGGGCCUGUGGUGUGAACAUCAUGGCCAGCUCAGCAGUGGUGGACUGAGGCGCACCAGCUCAGGGCCUGGUGCUGACCAGAGCAGCCCCUUCCCCUGCCUGACCUGCAUGACCAGGCCCCUCCCCAGGAGGCACAGCUGGCUGAGGGAUGGGCACCAGGUACCUCAGGGUGAGCAAAGGCCACUGGGCAAGGGGCACAGCCCCUACUCCCACCCUGAAGUUCCCCAACUGCACCUUUGUCGAAUUGUGGUAGCUAGGAGGAUCUUGGGGUGAAGGAUGAUGUCUUGGCAGCCAAAGCUGGGGCAAGAACCCUGGGCUCGGGUAAGGAGCAGGGGGAAGAAAAUAUUCUGGUCUUAAAGCCAGCUUUGUCCUCUGUAGGCUCUGGCUUCCUGCCCCGGCUUUCCUCUGAUGCUAUAAAUUUUCUGGUCCCCCCUGGAUCUGGGGACAGUGUUGCCUUCCAUGUCUAGAGAAACUGUUGUAACCAACCUUUUCUAACACAAUAAAGAGGUGUCCUGGA